CCAGCCACUCUCUUCUGUCCCCUUCACCCGUCAGCGCAGCGGCAGAGACCUGCCGGAGCAGCCUGCGGCCGAUAACCCUGGCUACCGAGAAGCCACCUGAAUCCUGACCCUGGGGAGUGAAAAACCAUGGGGAGUGGAAUGAGCAAGGUUGUCAAAGGCCUCUACCUUGGGAAUAUCCGCGACUCUGAGGACCGGGAAAACCUGUUGCGAAACGGGGUGACCCACAUCCUCUCCGUCCACAGCAGUGCCAAGCCGGUGCUGGAGGACAUGACCUAUCUCUGCAUCUCGGCCUCGGAUUCAUCCAGCCAAAACCUGCUGCAGCAUUUUAAGGAGUGCAUCAAGUUCAUCCACGAGUGCCGGCUCGGUGGGGGAGGCUGCCUCGUCCACUGCCUGGCUGGGGUCUCCCGCAGCACCACCAUCCUGGUGGCUUACCUCAUGACGGUGACCGAGCUCGGUUGGGAAGGCUGCCUGGCUGCCACCAAGGCCGUGAGGUCCUACGUCAGCCCCAACUUUGGCUUCCAGCAGCAGCUGCAAGAGUACGAGGUGACCUUGCUGCAGGAGUACCGUGCCUGGAUCCGCCGCGACUAUGGCAAGAACCUGUUCAAGGACCAGGAGGAGCUGCAGAGCUUGCUGGCCCAGCAGGAGCAGAGGCAGAAGGAGCAGCAGCUGGGAAGCAGGGAUUGCUCCUGGCUCCGCUCUCCAGCUCCCACCUACCCGCUCCCCUACCACGCAGGUGGCACCAGCAGAAGCAGAUGGAUGAACAGAUAAGCAGCCGGCUGCUUGCAGGCAGACGAUGGCCCUGGGCCUUGGAAAACUCAGUCUUCUCUUUGCCAAGCGCCCGCGGGGGUUCAUGUCUAGGGCAGCACGCAGCCAGCGCCGGCCUCAGCCGUGGGCUCAAGGCUUGGAAGGGGGGGGACUUGCAGACCUUCCCUUUGGCUACUGGCUCCGUGUAUACACCUGGGCAAGUCAGUUAAUUGAUGACAGUGUCUUGCUCUGUCCCGUUCUCCCAUUUCCCAGUGGGUUGCAGCCGCUUUUCCACCACUCGGAGCAACAGCAUCCCUCCCUCCAGCAGCACGGUACCCAGGCGCUGCUCUGGCAGGGCACGGGGAUGCCAGCACAGACCUUGGAAAGCCAGAGCAGGAUGAAAUGGGAGAGGCCAGCUUCUCUUCUGCUUUGCAGUGCAGCUGGGGGCCGAUGCAGCCUGUGAGGCUGUCCCGAGGAGGGAGGGAUGGGUCCUGGGAUGUGGGUGUGCUGCCGAGCCCGGCUGUCACCCCGUGGGAUGGGGAGAGGGGCAGGAGGCUCAGCUGCUCCCGGGGCUGCAGAUGCCCCUCGUGUGUGGACUUUCCUGGUCCAGCCUGCCUUUGACAGAUGGCUGUUUGGCAUUUUUCUUAACCCACCCCUCCAGGGAGGGGGGAAAUCCGACGGUGCUAGAGGCUGCCUGUCCCCACCACUUCCAUGCCCAGAGCUGGAGAGGUUUUGGGUUUCCCCUGCCACCAGAUCUGAAUGUCCCCGCUUGCAAAAGAAGCCAAUUGCUCGUUUGGACUCGGUUGACCCACAGACCAAUUUAACGCUGUCCCUCUCCCACAACCUUUUUCAUACCGAAAGACUGUGACCAUGGCCCCUUUUUCACCCCAAACUCAUACAGUCCGUUUCCAAAGCAUGGGCUUCAUCUGCCAGCGCUCCCCACAUCUGCCCUACAAGAGGAGUUCCAACCCAUUGACACAGCCCUUCUACAUUUAAACUUUCAACUCUUCCAUGCCAGCUUAGCCUUUUACUAUAAAUACCUUGUUUCUCAAAAAUAUCUGUUCUGAGAACUAUAAAAGACAUUUAAAAUAUUUCUAGGAAUUCCCUUAAUAAAAAUUUCUGGGUAAUUGGAGUGUGACAGCGCCGGGGGGUGACUUGCCCAACUCCUAAUAAAGAGGAGAGUGAUUAAAA